AUGGUUCAAAGCUACAAGGAGCUGAAGGCCCUGACGGUGCCGCCCCCUGCCCCCCUGGCCCCCCGGUCCAGCAGCGCUGCGUCAGCCCCCCACCGGCCUCCCCCGUUUCUCCCCAGCACCUCGGAUCCCGGCUGCCCCGAGCCCCCGAAGGUGGGUCCCCCCAUUUGUGCAGGCUCUGCGGAGGCUCCGGGCCCAGUCCCGGUGGAGGGGACCCCUGAACCCCAGCAGGACGGGGAGGGGCCCACCAGGAACAGCCACCCACUGGCUCAGGAGCUGCCCCUGCCCACCAGAGACGGCUCCCCACAGAUUUGCCAGGAGUUGGCCGAGAUCUUGAGCUCCACCCCGGAGCUGGACCCCACUCCAUAUCUGCCAGCCAGCCCCCCAACCCCGCAACGUAACAUGGAGUCGCUGUUCGCCGAGGUGUCGGGCCUGAGUCUCGAGCUGCUGGGGGAUGUGGACGAGGGAGCUGAUCUGCAGGGUGAUGCCGUGCAGACCCUGAUUAUGGAGAAUGCCGAGCUCCGGGAUACCAGGCUGGUGCUGGACACUGCACGCCGACACCUCAUUGCCCGGGUGGAGGAGCUGACAGGCGAGCGGGAAUCGCUGCGGGGGGAGCGGGACGGGGCCACCGAGGCCCUGAGCCGCUGCCAGGGGCGUCUGCGUGAGACCGAGCAGGAUUUGAGCAGGAUUCGGCAGGAGCUGGAGGAAAUCAAGAAGCAAAACAGUGAUGAUGCUGAGGUGGAGGCCCAGGCCGCGCAGCGGAAGCGAUUCACGCGGGCGGAGAUGGCGCGGGUGCUGACCGAGCGCAACCUUUACAAGGAGCGGCUGAUGGAGCUGCAGGAGGCCGUGAGGCGCACGGAGAUGCUCCGAGCAUCUCGGGAGGUCCAGGCGGCUCAGAUGAAGAAAUCGUCCUUCUGGAAAUUCUUCGACAGGCUCUUCAGCACCAACGACUCCCCUGAGCGGGUCCCGGCGUCGCCCCCGGUGUCUGAGCACCGGGGCAAUGGGGGCAGGGCACCCCCUGCUGCGAGGUACCUGCCCCGCCCCGCCUCCCCCGCAGACACGGGGGAGCCCCCCAAUCUCUCCCCCCAGCAGCAGAAGCGGGACCUUUACCGCCAGAUCCGCUCCCACAUCUGGAAGCAGCACGGCCGGGCCCCGGUUCACGGCUGGAGCCCCCCGGCCGUCCCCCAGGUUCGGGCGGAGCAGGCGGAGGGCCACGAUCUGCCCAUGCUGGCACAGCUGCGGCUGCUGGACCAGAAAGAUCCCAGCACCAAGGUGAGGUGAGGGGGCGG